CGCUCCUGCUGCUCCGUGGCUUGUUCUGCUAAUAGAAGCAGGGCUCUGCUGGAUUUCCCUGAGCUUUCGGACAAUCCGCCCGGAUAUUCUCUGAGCAAAAGCGUCUUUUUAAAUACGAGGAGUUUCCAUUUAGGAGGCGGAAUUUAUUUCUGCUGGAAUUUGCGCUGUUCUUUGAGCUUUUGGUCAACACUUUUAGGAACUUGUUAACGAUAUUUUUUUGGUUGUGGGGCGAGACGGGUUGACCUGAGUAUUUGUGCAGAGAGCGAAGGGAGGAGGUGUUGACAAAAGGCGACUUUUAUCCCGUCCCUUCUCGGGACGGCGGGAUAGAUGCGGCAGAGGAUCGCAGAGCGAGUGACGCUGCUGCGCCUUCGUGGCACGGCUGCUGAGCUGGAGAGGUGCGACGCAUUCUACCAUGAGGAGCGUUUGUUUUAGAUCCAAGCCAAGCAGUCCGCUCCGGGCUAUGGGUUUAGUCCGUCUCAGUUUAUAGGAAGGAAGAUCUGUGUACACUGCAAGUGUCGUCGUGAAGAGCAUGCUGUGACAGCCAUGCCGGUGGAAAUGGAGAAGACGGUCACCAAGCUGAUGUAUGAUUUCCAGAGGAACUCGACCUCGGACGAUGACUCGGGUUGUGCGCUGGAGGAGUACGCUUGGGUGCCACUGGGACUCAAACCUGAGCAGGUUCAUCACUACUACAGCUCCCUGCCUGAAGACAAGGUGCCCUACGUAAACAGCCCAGGAGAGAAAUACCGCAUCAAACAGCUGCUCCAUCAACUUCCACCCCACGACAAUGAGGUACGCUACUGCAACAGCCUGGACGACGAGGAGAAGAGGGAACUCAAGCUCUUCAGCAACCAAAGGAAGCGGGAGAACCUGGGCCGCGGCAAUGUGCGUCCAUUCCCUGUGACGAUGCUGGGGGCCAUCUGUGAGCAGUGUGGAGGACAGAUCAACGGUGGUGACAUCGCUGUAUUUGCAUCCCGAGCCGGCCACGGCGUUUGUUGGCACCCUGCCUGCUUCGUGUGCAGCACAUGCAAAGAGCUCCUGGUAGACCUCAUCUACUUCUACCAGGACGGGAAGAUCUACUGCGGCCGCCACCAUGCUGAGAGACUGAAGCCACGAUGCACGGCCUGCGACGAGAUCAUUUUUGCAGAUGAGUGCACCGAGGCUGAGGGUCGGCACUGGCACAUGAAGCAUUUCUGCUGCUACGAAUGCGAGACGGUGCUUGGAGGCCAGCGCUACAUAAUGAAGGAGGGAAGGCCAUACUGCUGCUCCUGCUUCGAGUCUCUCUAUGCCGAGUAUUGCGACUCUUGUGGGGAGCACAUCGGAAUCGAUCAAGGCCAGAUGACGUAUGACGGGCAACACUGGCAUGCCACCGAGGGCUGUUUCUGCUGUGCCCGCUGUAAACGUUCCCUGCUUGGUCGGCCUUUCCUGCCCAAACAGGGACAGAUCUUCUGCUCGCGCUCCUGCAGCUUGGGGGAAGAGCCCAACGGCUCCGAUUCCUCUGAUUCCGCCUUCCAAAGCGCACGCUCCACCAGGGAGUCCAGACGCAGCACCAAAACGUCAAAAAGCGGUGGAAGCUGCCAGCCAGAGAGGUUUUCAGGCGAGGUGGACCCACUUUCUUUACAAAUGGAUUUGCUGAGUCUUUCCAGUCAGACCCCUAGUUUGACUCGUGAGCCACCAUCCUGGCAGAACCAGGAAAUAACGGGUGACGGGUACAGCUAUGAGCCACAACACGAUCAGUCAGUUGACCCUAUUCCCCUCCAGCUCCUCAGCCAGUGUAAUAUAAGGAGCUCUGGACACUCUACCUCUGGACAGAGCAACCAACAGCAUGUCCAGAUGAACAAUGAGAACGGUGGUUUAAAGCGCCCCCCCAUCUCAGCCAUAAAAGGCCAGUCCCUCAAUGAGAGUUGGCUCCAGCAGGGAACUCCAGAGGAUUGCUACCCAUCCAAACUGAGGACCCAAAAGAGCUUAACUGAAGUCCACCACAACGGCUUUUCCUCAGAGAAGCGUUCCAUCAGUUUCCAUGGCUUUCAGAGGGACAGAGAUGGGGCGCCUCAGACAGCUACUCAGGUGGCAAGAAGCAGGAACCCCAUUAAUGCACUUAACUUCACAGAACAGCUGACCCCAUUGGAGCAGACCCCAAGAGGUUCCAUGGAGUCCUUGACUUUUUCCAACACUAUGGGCAACUCAGCAGACGGUGGGGGAAAGCAUCAGGACCACCUCUCUCGGUUUUCCAUGCCUGACCUGAGUAAAGACUCAGGAAUGAAUGUGUCUGAAAAGAGCAACAUGGACACUCUGAACUCCUCCAUGCAGUUUCGCAGCUCAGAGUCUAUUCACAGCUUAAACGGCAGCCAGUCCUACCUGGAAGUGAACCCCCCCAGGUCUUCCCAGUACCAGAUGCAGUAUUGUGACCCUCCAGGAAUGAGAGUUGGUAUGGGUCUGAAUCAUCUGCCUCCAGGCUUCACCUAUCAGGAGGAAGACCGGAUGGUCAGCAGCGCUAAUGCUGCUCGCCUGCCGCCCAUCAGUGAACGCAGUGUAAGUGGUGUCAGUGGACGUGGAGCAAGCGUCCGGACAGAUGCUCCAGAAGACGCCUCUCAGAGGCGUCGGCACCACCAUCACCGCCAGCGAAGAUCCCGCCGCUCCCGCUCUGAAAAUGCUCUGAACCUUGUGGCGGAUCGUAGGGUAAGGCCCCAAGAAAGACCGCCGCUGAGUGUCAAAGAAGAUUAUGAUCGAUUUCCACCACCAAGAAGUGUCAGGGGCCAGUUUGGAGCUGGAGGACAGGGAAGGUACCAGCCUUUUAGGCAGUGCCCCAGAACCACUUCAGACCUUUGUCUGCAGAACCCAGGAGCCAGCAGACGCCCUGGAUUAAACCAGUACUCCUGGGAUGAGUAUUACAAUGAUGACUGGUGCUCCACCUGCUCUUCAUCCUCUGAAUCCGAGGAAGAGGGUUACUUUUUGGGCGAGCCAAUCCCCAGGCCCAUCCAGCUGCGCUAUAUAAACAACCAUGAGAUGGUCCACAAGUACAACAACAUGGGGUUUGGAGGACCCAACCGCAGCGGGCAGCUCCACACCCGCAAACGCAGAAAAAGCAAGAACUGCAUUAUAUCUUAACAUCCGGAGCCUGUCCACAUGACAUUUCUUUUUGUUUAUCAUGACUAAACUAGCAUUCUCCAUUAGAAACAAAGAAAUGUGUUUUUUGUGUGCAAGGUAUGACAUAGUUGAAAUUUGCUAAUGAGUUAAAGCUGGUAGGCCAUUUCAAAAAAAGGCAACGUGGUUUUUCAUUUUAAUGUUUCAUAUUUCUAUGUUCACUUAUAUCAGUGUUUAUCAAAAGCUGAUGUGCAAUUUAUCUAAAACAUCUUUCUUUUUGAUGCAGACAUUCAUAAUAUGUUUGGUAGAGUUUUAUGUUUCCAGUGGAACCUAGAUGGAUUUUCAGUUCUAUUAAAGUUCAUAACCUGUACAUAGAAAAUGAAUUAUUAAUUUCUCCUAAAUUAAGAAAGUGUAAAUAUGAUUGUAAAUGUGGGGCCCAUAUUUUUAUAUUUUGUAAGGAUAGAAGGAGCUAAAUGUCUAUGAUGUAGAGAUAGAACCUAACAAAAACAACGUUUGCAUGUAGUGUUUGGCUGACUUGGUGCUGCAUUUGAAAUAAAGGAGUAUUUCAGUAAGAUUUGGAACAACAGCCAGUGUUUCUCUAGAAAGGAACAACAUAUGGGUGACAAAGUGCAAAACGGCUCCAGUUUUAAUCUGCUGAAUACAUAAAAUGACAGACGGUGUGGUUGUGGGGGCUGAUUAGAGUCAUCCUCUGGAUUGUUAGCGGGUGAUGGGGCAGUCACAGUCAAACUCUAUUGUCCUGCUAACAAAUGAGAGAUUAUUUCAUCAACUCUCUGGGCUGAAGAAGUUGUUUACUAACAGUUUGGAUGUCAGGUUAUUAAAACCAGGUGAUGUUUUCAUGAAAGUUGUAAGACAGUUUCAGAAAGCCAAUUGAAAAUAUGCUGACAAUGGGAUGAAAUCCUAGACAAUUCUUUUAGUCUAGAUUACUAUUAGAGAAAUCCACCCAUCCAUUUUCCUUCACGCUUAUCCCAGUGGGGGUCGCAUGGCGGGGUUCACCCUGGACAUGUUGCCAGUCCAUUGCAGGGCAACACAGAGACAAACAGGACAAACAACCAUUUACACACACCUAAUGAGAAUUUAGAAAAGCUAAUUACCCAACAGUCAUGUUUUUGGACUGUGGGAGGAAGCCGCAGUACCCAGAGACAACCCACACAUGCACAGGGUGAACAUGCAAACUCCAGGAAGAUCCCGGGCCUGGAAUCAAACCUGUAACCUUCCUGCUUCAAGACAGCAGUGCUACCCACUGCCCACUAUGCAGCCCUGUCACUUUGAAGCCUUCCUUAUCUUAAAAUAUUUAAAAACAUUCUCAUCAUGUAUGAUAUUUCGAAUGCUGCAUUACAUGUUUUUGGCCCCUUUUUUUGUCCCAUCAGACAUAUUUGCAGAACUGGCCUGUUUACAAUUGUAUAUUUGUCCUGACGGGUCCAGUCUUCAAUAAACUCUUGUGUGGUUUCUGUUGGGA